UUCCCCUGAUCCGUCAACCCUUCACAAGAACUGGGGACCUGCUACCUGGUUCACUUCAGAAAUAUUUUUGUGAUAGAAACUAAACAGUGAUUCAUCUUUCAUUGUGGUGGUGGGGAAGAAAAUAUCCAUACGUUUGUGAUGAGGCUUUCCCUGCUCCUGGUUUUUCUCUCUCUAUGUCAGAGUGCCUUUCAGCUGCUGGAUACCAGAGUAUUUUUAAUAUAUAAUGAAGACCACAAGCGCUGUGUAGAAGUUCAGAGUUCCAGUUCAGUCACAACAGCCUCUUGCAACCAGGACAAUGAGUCUCAAAAAUUCAGGUGGGUCUCUGAUCACCAGCUGAUGAGUGUGGCAUUGAAGUUAUGCUUAGGAGUGCCAUCAAAGAAAGACUGGAUUCCAAUCACUUUGUAUCCGUGUGAUAAAGCAAGUGAACUCCAAAAAUGGGCAUGCCGAAAUGAGACCCUUUUUGCCAUCCAAGGAGAAGAUUUAUUUUUCAACUAUGGCAACAAACAGGAAAAGAAUAUUAUGCUCUAUAAGGGAUCAGGAGUAUGGAGUAGAUGGAAGAUCUAUGGAACCACAGAUGAUUUGUGUUCCAGAUUCUAUGAAGAUAUGUUUACACUGCGAGGAAACGCAAAUGGAGCACCCUGUGUAUUCCCGUUCAAGUUUAACAGCAAAUGGUAUGCGGAGUGUACAGAUGCUGGUAGAUCAGAUGGCUGGCUGUGGUGUGGAACAACUGCAGACUUUGAUGAAGACCGUAUGUAUGGAUUUUGCCCACUGAAGUUUAAAGAUAUUGACACUCUGUGGAAUACAGACCCAUUGACAGGAGUCCACUACCAGAUAAACUCCCAAUCAGUUCUAAUGUGGCACCAGGCAAGGAAAAGCUGUCAGCAACAGAAUGCAGAAUUAUUAAGUAUCACAGAGUUGCAUGAGCAAACAUACUUGGCAGGAUUAACUAGCACUUUGAGUUCUUCACUCUGGUUUGGUCUUAACAGUUUGAAUUUCAACAGUGGAUGGCAAUGGAGUGGUGGCAGCCCUUUCAGAUACUUAAACUGGGUUCCAGGAAGUCCCUCCCCAGAGCCUGGAAAAACUUGUGGAGCCUUGAAUCCUGGAAAAGGUGCUAAAUGGGAAAACCGGGAAUGUGAUCAGAAACUUGGCUAUAUUUGUAAAAAAGGAAAUGCCACUUUAGAGUCUUUCAUUAUUCCUUCAGAGACUAAUGUGCCUAUUAAAUGCCCUGCUCAAUGGAUGUCAUAUGCCGGUCAUUGUUAUAUACUUCAAAGAGACACUAAAAUAUGGAAGGAUGCUUUAACUUCAUGUAGAAAGGAAGAUGGUGAUCUGGCGAGUAUCCAUAAUGUUGAAGAGUACAGCUUCAUUGUCUCUCAGCUUGGGUACAAGCCAACGGAUGAGCUGUGGAUUGGACUGAAUGACCUUAAGGUUCAGAUGUAUUUUGAAUGGAGUGAUGGAACUCCUGUGACAUACACCAGGUGGCUACGUGGAGAACCAACCCAUGCAAACAAUAGGCAAGAAGACUGUGUUGUCAUGAAAGGACAGGAUGGCUACUGGGCAGAUCGUGCUUGUGAAAAGAAACUUGCAUACAUCUGUAAAAGGAAACCUUUGGCAGAUACUAGUGUAGAAGAAGAAAUCAAUGAGCCAGACUGUCAUAAAGGCUGGAAGAGAUACGGCUUUCAUUGUUACAUGAUUUCAAGUAUAUUUGCAUCCUUUUCUGAAGCAAAUCAAACCUGUUUAGAGAACCAGGCUUACCUAGCUACUGUUGAAAACAGAUAUGAACUAGCUUAUCUAACUAGUCUGACAGGGCUGAGGCCUGAAAAAUAUUUUUGGAUCGGUCUUUCAAAUAUAGAGGAAAAGGGAACUUUCAAGUGGACCAAUGGUGAAGCAGUUUUAUUCACGCACUGGAAUUCAGAAAUGCCAGGAAGAAAGUCAGGUUGCGUUGCUAUGAGGACUGGAAUUGCUGGUGGAUUAUGGGAUGUUGUGAAAUGUGAGGAAAAGGCAAAAUUUCUUUGCAAACAAUGGGCUCAGGGUGUGACACCUCCACCCAUUCCAACAACAACUCCUGCCCCCACGUGCCCAGAAGGUUGGGAUUCAAACAGUCGUAUUAGUUUCUGCUUCAAACCUUUUUCAAGAGACCGAAAGAGAUCUUGGUUGGAAUCUCAAGAAUUUUGUAGAGCUAUAGGAGGAGAUUUGGCCACUAUUAAUGGCAAAGAAGAACAAUAUGUUAUAUGGCGUUCCAUAGCGAACAAUGGAUACUAUCAGCAGAAAUUCUGGCUAGGUUUAUAUUAUUUGAAUCCUGAUGAUGGAUUUACUUGGAGUGAUGGGUCUUCAGUAAUAUAUACAAACUGGGCCUAUGGAGAACCAAAUAAUUAUCAAGGAAUGGAACUUUGUACAGAAGUCAGUGGAGAUUCCAGCAUGUUAUGGAAUGACAGGCAUUGUGACUAUGUAUACGACUGGAUUUGUGAAAUAAAAAAAGGAGCAACAGUAAAACCUGAACCAACGGAGUCUCCCGUUCCCAAGUAUAAAGUCACAGAUGAUGGAUGGAUUAUACAAGGAGACAGGCAAUACUAUUUCAGCACAGAAAGUGUUCCCAUGGAGCAAGGCCGAGAGUUUUGCAAGAAGAAUUUUGGAGAACUUCUUGUCAUAGAUGAUGACAGCGAAAGAAAGAUGCUAUGGAGAUAUAUCUUGAAAAAUGGCAAGGAAGACGCAUAUUUCAUUGGUUUACAAUUGAGCAUUGAUAAAAAGGUUAGCUGGAUGGAUGGAACUCCUGUGAAUUUCUUAGCAUGGGCAGCACAUGAACCCAACUUUGCAAACAAUGAUGAAAACUGUGUAGUCAUGUAUAAAAACUUAGGGUUAUGGAAUGAUAUAAACUGUGGUUAUCCAAAUCCUUAUAUAUGUGAAAGGCACAACAGUUCCAUUAAUGCAACUGUUUCUCCUACAACACCUUCAGCCUCAGGAGGAUGUCUGGAAACUUGGCUUUUGUUUCAAAAUAAGUGUUACAAAAUGUUUGGCUCAAAUGAAGAUGAGCGACUGACAUGGCAUGCAGCACGAACAGCUUGUAUGAAUUCAGGAGGAAAUUUAGCUUCCAUACCAAAUGAACAAGUACAAGCCUUUCUGACCUUCCAUUUAAAGGAUUCCAGGGUUGAUAAUUGGAUUGGAUUAAAUGAUGUCAAUCAUGAAAACAAGUACCUUUGGACAGAUGGAAGUGGAGUCUAUUUUACAAAUUGGGGUAAAGGUUUCCCAUCUGGACAAAUGGAACUAUAUUCAUAUGAUAACCAGGCUGACUGUGUCUUUAUGAGAAAUAGUCCAGUUAAGGAGGCAGGAAAAUGGGUUGAUGGAAGCUGUGACAAUAACAAAGGCUAUGUAUGUCAAAUGAACAAAGACUCCAAGCGGUACCAUUCAUCCACAGCAAUCUCAACAAGCUUUAUCCCUUACAGUAACAGUAGUUAUUUGCUCGUCAAUUCCAAAAUGACAUGGCAAGAUGCAAGGAGAAAAUGCAAUAGUGACUCCUCUGACCUGGCCAGCAUCUUAGAUCCCUACACCCUCUCUUUCCUGUGGCUACAAAUGUUAAAGUAUGAGGAGCCUGUAUGGAUUGGUCUGAACAGCAAUUUGACUGAUGGACAUUAUGAAUGGAUAGAUAAGUGGAGGUUGAAGUAUACUAAGUGGGCCAAAGGGGAACCAAAACAGAAAAUAGGCUGUGUCUAUCUGGACCCUGAAGGAGCCUGGAAGACAGCAUCCUGUGAUGAAAACUACUAUUCUAUCUGUAAACGUUCAGAUGUUAAAGCUCCGACUGAUCCUCCCCAACUCCCAGGAAAGUGCCCUGAGUUAGAACACAAAUCAUGGAUUCCUUUCCGUGGUCACUGCUACUUCAUUGAGUCUUCAUCUUCAAGAAACUGGGCCCAGGCCUCCUUAGAAUGCCUUCGAUUAGGUGCCUCUCUGGUUUCAGUAGAAGAUUUGGCUGAAGCCAACUUUCUAGCACACAACAUUGAGCCACUUGAAGAAAAAUCAUCAACGUUUUGGACAGGGAUGUACAGAAACGUGGAUGGACAGUGGUUGUGGCUAGACAACAGUGCAGUGGAUUUUGUCAACUGGAAUGUAGGAGAACCCUCAAGUCAACAAAAUGAGCAUUGUGUUGAAAUGUAUGCAAAUUCUGGAUACUGGAAUAAUAUUUAUUGCUCUUCCUACAAAGGAUACGUUUGUAAAAAACCAAAAAUUGUUGAAGUGCAAACAACUGAGAAGGCCCCCCACAAAAAUGAGGAGAAAAAUGAAAAGAAGAUAUCUGAAACUAGCCACAGCAAAAGUGGGAUUGUAGUUAUUGUGGUGCUCCUUGUCCUAGCAGGAGUUGGCCUGGCAGGCUAUUUCUUUUACAGGAAAAGAAAGAGUCACAUGUCAACACGUGACAGCUUUGAGAACAACUUGUACUUUAAUGGUGAUGCAGUUCCUGGAACUAGUGACACAAAGGAUCUUGUGGUCAACAUUGAGCAAAAUGAAUAUGCUAAUGCUUAGUGUGAUGCAUUAAAAAUGGGCCUUGUUUUAUACAAUUAUGUAACUGUGAUACCUGAAGGUUUAAGACAAAACUAUUUUCUUCUGUACAAAUCCUGUAAAAGUCACUUUUUCAGUGUCUGCAUAUUUUUUACCUACUAGCAGUUGCAAUUACUUUAUUUCAUAGCCAAUCUAUAGUUGUGUAAGAUUCCAGAACUACUUUAGCAAGAGCAUUUCUUAUGAAAAAUAUAGUGCUGACUACUUAGAAAACGGAACAAAUUAGUAUAAUUAAAAGAAUGAAAAUGAAACACAAAGCAAAUGUGAAUAAGUCUUUGAGAAUGUGCUUCUUCACCACACCUGCAUUGCCCUUGUGAUUGUCAGGUUUCCCAUCAACGCACAGUCUCUCCAUACUGCUCAGCAAAGCAUUUGUCUAUUUCUGUUAAUAAUUCACAUAGUCACAUCGUCCUGGAAACUGCACUACAAGUGUUUGGAUAGCUGAUGAUGCUGUAUUUCAAUAAAUCUCAUUAAAAUGCUUUCUGUGGCAUAAUUCUAGUUUAGCAAUCUCAGGCAACGUACAGAGCCAAAUAUGCAGUUCCCCUCGUUUCAUAUCCUCUCAGGGGCUACCCAUAAUUGGGGUGCAGGCCUGUGGAGCUCCAACAGGGUGGCUGCUAGACACUCUCAGAACCCCUUACUAGCCACAAAUGAGCUUUGUCUGUCUAGAAUGAUGAUGAUGAUGACAACACCUUCCUGCGUACCAGCAUAGUUGUUGUUGGUUGGGGGAUUCUGGCUGUGCAUAUUAUAAAGAUGCACUAGCAAUGGACAUUUGUCACAUUUCUCCUCGUGAAACACUGCCAUUUAUAUACUCUUUCUCCAUAAUACAGCUUAGACUUGUAACAGUAUGAUAACUUUGCUAACGCACCUAUUGCUCUAGCAGAUCAGCACUUUUUCUCUAAUGUUUAAAGAGAGAAAUAUUUCAAAAACUUUAUCUUCCCAAGUGAUCAUUUCAUAAUCUGAUUUUUGUAUAUCUUGUAAAAUGUAAAUCGUGUGUAUUAUUUUUUUCCUCACAUAGAUAUAAUAUGUGAAAAGAAAAUUUAAAUGUUUCCUUUGUUUAUGCAUUCAACUUAAGUUCUGUGAAAUAAACAGUAACAGACUAUGAUUUUUCAAUUAUUUUGCAUUUUUAGAGUAUGUAUCUCACUAUUUGCAUUGGAA